AUGGACGAGACCGGCUCAUCCUCCCCGCUGCACAUUGUUAUCUGCCCGUGGCUCGCCUUCGGCCACCUGCUCCCCUGCCUGGACCUCGCAGACCGCCUCGCGUCACGGGGCCACCGUGUGUCGCUCGUCUCUGCGCCGCGAAACAUCGCGCGGCUCCCGCCUGUGCGCCCGGCUGUGGCGCCGUUCGUCCGCCUCGUCUCACUGCCAUUCCCACGCGUGGCCGGGCUCCCCGAUGGCGCCGAGUCCACCAACGACGUCCCCUUCGACAAGUUCGAGCUCCAUCGCAAGGCAUCCGACGGCCUCACCGCGCCCUUCUCCGAGUUCUUGGAGUCCUUAUGCGCGGAGCCCGGCGGAACCAGGCCUGAUUGGGUCAUCGUGGACUACUUCAACGACUGGGCCGCCGCCGCCGCCGUCCAACACAAGGUUCCAUGUGCGAUGCUUGUCCUACUCGCUGCGACUGUGGUCGCCACCUUGGACAUUCUACUGUCCGAGGGCACCGUGUCCCCAUCGGCAGGAGCGCCAAGGUUCCAGGCGGAGAAGACGGGGGGGCUAACCUCUCUACAACACGCAUGGGGGAUGUCCAUCUCCGAGCGGGUCUCCUCGACGCUCGAGAGGUGCAAUCUCGUUGCCAUGCGGAGCUGCAAUGAGUGGGAGCCCGAGAGCGUCCCUCAUGCCGCCACGUUCGGCCGCAAGCCUGUUGUCCCCUUCGGCCUCCUGCCUCCGUCGCCUGACGGAGGUCGCCGCGGAGACAGCGGCAACCAACAUACAGCCGUCCAAUGGCUCGAUGGGCAGCCGGCCAAGUCGGUCGUGUACGUCGCGCUCGGAAGCGAGGUGCCGCUGCGCCCGGAGGAGGUGCGCGAGCUUGCCCUCGGGCUUCAGCUCGCCGGGACGCGCUUCCUCUGGGCCCUGAGGAAGCCACCCAUCGAUGCCGACGUGAUCCUCCCUCAGGGGUUCCAGGAGUGCACGCGCGGCCAUGGCCUCGUGAUAACGGGCUGGGUUCCUCAGCUCGGGAUACUGGCGCACGACGCAGUGGCUGCGUUCCUGACGCACUGCGGCUUGAGCUCCACCAUCGAGGGGCUCUUGUUCGGGCGUCCUCUCAUCAUGCUGCCCAUCAUGGGGGACCAAGUGCCGAAUGCGCGGCUGAUGGAGUGUAGGAAGGUCGGCGUGCUGGUGCCGAGAGACGAAAACGAUGGGUCGUUUGACCGACAAGGCGUCGCUACGGCGAUUCGGGCUGUCGCGGUAGAGGAACAAGGAAGGAGAGUGUUUACAGCCAACGCCAAGAAGCUGCAAGAGAUCGUGGCGGACACGGAGUGCCAUGAGAGGUAUAUUGACCGGUUUAUUCAGCAGCUGAGAUGUUACAAGUAGUGAUGCGUACCUCGGCCCUGGACUGAGAACAUGCAGUGGAACAAGCCUCGGUAGCCGGCGUCGCGCGGGCGUCCUUAGAUCUUUUUGCAGUAUUUUUUCGUCGAUGCAACAAAUUUCGUUCACGAUACAGUAAUUUUGUCAAUGGUUGUAAAAAAAAUUAUAGUCAAAAAAA